GGAAGGAGAAGGAAGGAGAAGAGGAGGGAUCCUGAGGAGCAGAAGAGAAAACGCAGGGCAGACAGGCAGGCAGGCAGGAGGAGAGAAGACGGCACUCCAGCGGCAGCAUUCAAAGGCCAGAGUGGGGACCCGUGCUGCCUCCAUCGCUCCUCGGAUGGUGACGGGGCCCCGCCGCGGCCGCAGCCCCCCGCGCCCUGGCUCCGUAGGCCCGCAGCGCCGGAGCCCCGCAGGAAUCAUGCCCAGGUCCUUCCUGGUCAAGAAGGUCAAACUUGACACGUUCUCCUCGGCAGACCUCGAGAGCUCUUACGGGCGUGCCCGCAGCGACCUCGGCGUGCGACUGCACGAGAAAGGAUACCUCAACGACUACUCGGGGCCCGCCUCCGUCUACGAUGGCGAUGCCGAGGCGGCCUUGCUCAAAGGGCUCCCGGAGCCCAUGUACGCUGCAGCCGUGCGGGGAGAGCUGGGCCCGGCGGCCGUGGGCUCGGCGCCGCCGCCCACCCCGCGCCCGGAGCUGGCUACAGCCGCGGGCGGCUACAUCAACGGCGACGCGGCCGUCAGCGAGGGCUACGCAGCUGACGCCUUCUUCAUCACCGACGGCCGCUCGCGCCGUAAGGCCGCCAACGCCAACGCCGCCGCCGCCCCUUCCACGGCCUCUGCGGCGGCCUCCGACACCGAGAGCGGAGGCGGGGCCGGGGCGGGCGCGAGCGGCGGGUCGGGGCCCGGGGGUAGGGGCGGCGCGCGCUCGGGGGCGGGCACCGAGGCGCGCGCGGGCACCGGGGCCGGCGGCGCAGGGGGCCGGCACGCAUGCGGCGAGUGCGGCAAAACGUACGCCACCUCGUCGAACCUGAGCCGCCACAAGCAGACGCACCGCAGCCUGGACAGUCAGCUGGCGCGGCGCUGCCCGACGUGCGGCAAGGUGUACGUGUCCAUGCCGGCCAUGGCCAUGCACCUGCUCACGCACGACCUGCGCCACAAGUGCGGCGUGUGCGGCAAGGCCUUCUCGAGGCCCUGGCUGCUACAGGGCCACAUGCGUUCCCAUACCGGCGAGAAGCCCUUCGGCUGCGCGCACUGCGGCAAGGCCUUCGCUGACCGCUCCAACCUACGCGCGCACAUGCAGACGCACUCGGCCUUCAAGCACUUCCAGUGCAAGCGCUGCAAGAAGAGCUUCGCGCUCAAGUCCUAUCUCAACAAGCACUACGAGUCGGCCUGCUUCAAGGGCGGGGCCGGCGGCGGCGGCGGCGGCCCCGCAGCCCCGGCGCCCGCUGCGCCGCCGCAGCUCAGCCCUGUGCAGGCCUAGGGCGGCGGUGCCUCCGCCAGCCGGGUCGGCUCUCAGCAAUACGGGCCCCCAGGGAAGUCUCCGCUGGCGCCCGGGCGGAGGGGCGGGAGGGCAGGCCCCUCCUCACAGCAAUAGGGGGAGGGGGCCCGGCUCCGCCCCGCCCGCCAGGGGCCUUGCCGGCCCCUUCAA